CAAUUCCAAUCGGCUCCUGGCCGAAGCAGGUGAAUGAGAGGUUAGAAAGUAUAAGAUUGGUGGUGUAAAACUGGCAGGGGCUGCAGGGGAGGCUGUUGAAUAAUUUUUUUUGCCCUGUCCUGCUGAAAAAGCAGUUAUCAUCCUGAUUACAGACUGUUGACUGGGGCACUUGUUUUGCUCUAAGAAUGUGUUAUAAUAACAUUAAUAUUAAUAUAAAAAGGUUAUUAAUAAAAUUGACCUUUUUUCCAUUUUUUAAGAUUGUUACAAGUUUAAAGAUAAUCCAGCUGGAAACGAGACAUUGCACAGUAACAUUUUAUUUAUUGUUUUGUUGCCAUUUUUUGUUAUGCUUUUAAUAUAUUAUAAUUGCAUAUACAUUAAAUAUGUAUGUGUGUAUAAACAUAUACACACAAGAGGCUAAGAAAGGUGUUGAAAAACAGUUUGACAAUGAUGUAUUCAUGAUCAUUUGAAGUAUGUUCAGAUUUGUUCAUACCAGCUUUGUAAUGCGCCACUUGUAUUCCCAUCUAUUGCAAGUUCCAUUUUUCUGCCACUUGAGUAACUUUGAUAGUAUAACUAUUAGUAGAGAAUCUGUGAUGUUUGGACAAAAAUCAUUUUCUGUUUUUUAUGUCCUCGUUGACAAUAAACACGCGCGUUGUUUUAAGAAAAAAAACACAUUUAUUUUGCAUUACACUUCAAACUUGCACUUUGCACAUCAGCUGCAGAUUAUUGUAGAACUACAUCACCCACAAUGCCGCACUAUCGCCAGCAUUAAGGAAGUGUGACAGUGAUAGGGAGACGUUCUGUUUGUUGACAUCUCUCGAGUCCACUCGCUGCACCGUUUAACCAGUUGUUUGCACAUUAUUAUCACACAUCAGAAAUCAUGGCAGGAACGAUCCAGCAGCUCAGCGAGUCUGUAGUGAUCCGCAGUCUCAAACGCUUCAGAGACAGGUACUUCCCAAACAGUGGUAGAGGUGUCAAAGAUGACAUGAAGCCUGCUACAGACACGGAAGAAGAAGAGCCACAGCCGGGAUUUUUGGACAGUUUACCGGUGGACCUACAGUUCCUGAUUAUGACCCUUCUGUCGCCUGCUGUUAUCUGCCGCCUGGGAGCCACCAGUCGGUACUGGAGGGCCAUGGUUAGAGAUCCAUUACUGUGGAGAUAUUUCCUGCUCAGGGACAUGCCCUACUGGCCCUCCAUUGAUCACGUGACCAUGCCCCAACUGGAGUUGUUGGAUGUACCACUUGUCAAUGAAGAUGAGAACUUGGAUGAUAGAAAAGAAGGGGAGGACAAAGGGAUGGAAUCGAAAUUUGACUACAUGUCAGAAUACCUGAAAGGCUGUCCAUCCUGCAGACAGCAGUGGCUCCCUUCACGACCAGCGUAUGAGCUUGUGACUUCAUUUCUUCAGUCUCUGGUGCCAUCGUCUGAACCACGUUAUGCCAUGUUUGGCCCUGGCAUGGAACACCUGGAUGUCUCUUUGGUCACAAGGCUCAUGUAUGCCCCAGAUGUGCUUCCUGUGUCUGGCACUCCACACAGACAGAUAAAUGGUGUCGGCUCAGGGAUCAGUUACAUGUUCAACAACCAACAUAAAUUUAAUAUCCUGACUCUGUACUCAACCAACAGGGCAGAGAGGGAAAGAGCCAGAGUGGAGCAGCAGAGCAUCAGUAAUAAACUUUUUACCUGUGAAGGAGCAGACGACUCAGGCUACCCAAUCUACAGCCCCGCCCCUCAGGUCCAGCAGGUGUGCCAAGUGGUGGAUGGUUUCAUCUAUGUAGCCAAUGCAGAGCCAGGGAAAGGUGGAGGGAUGUCCGAGGUGGCUCAGAUCCGGGCUGUGCUGAGCUCUGCCGGGGGUUCCACAUCCAGACCUCUGCUGGUGCUCUCCUGUGUCUCCAGAGAAGAACCAGAAGCAGUUAUGACCACCAGCCAGCAAAAUAGCCCAUACAGAAACAGGGCCAGGUGUCGAACUCCCUGUGUUGACAUGGCAAAGAGACUCGGCCUACCGCAACUGGCUAACCCCUGGAUGGUGCAGGAUACGGUGGCAGAAUCCCUGUCAGGUAUUCUGGAGGGCAUUUCCUGGUUGCUGAGAUGUUCCGGAGUCAAACUCUAAGGUAGCUAGUUCCCUGACUCCUGCGGCUGCCAGACGAAUUAAAACCACAGACCUCAUUGCUGCGUCAUCCCGACACCAAGACACACUACGGUAUUUUUCUUGAGUAAUGUGCACCACGUGUGCACUGAAUGUCUGACUGGAGCACUGCCUGUGAAAUUUAAUGAAUUGAAUGAGCAGCAGAAGAGAUGGUUUGCUGGCUAUUGUUCAUAAGGGAGACCUGACAGAGACCCUGAUCGUAUUUACAGAAUGAGCCAUAUGAAUAUGAAUUACAGCAGGAUAGAAAGUUAUACAAACAUCUGGGAGGUUCACAGUAACCCCAUGAGCUGGUUUUGCUGAACACUAAGUUCUAUGGAGCAGCUAUAAAUAUCCUGCUUGAAGUUACACUAACCAAAAACAUUGCUGGUACCUUUACUUCUGACUUGAGUUGUUUAUAGUCAGGAGUCUUUGCCAGCAACCUCCCUGCAAAAAGUCAGCUUAUGUAACUUUCAGACAAAACCUGCAGCCGUCUGAUCAAUGAUUUGCACUCUCAUACUGCAAAGAUGUGGCUUUUGGAGCUAAACUACGAUACAAGCAAUGGAAUUGAUUUACUUUGUUUUAAAUACUUCAUGUUUAUGCAAUUAAAAAAUGUUGCGUUUUGAUAAAUGGUAAAUGCUUUUGUGAUUUUAAAUGUUGACUUUAUUUGUUGCACAAUUAGUUUGUUCUACAAAAUUUUCUGGUGGCUCACUCUUUUAUUCUCAAAGCGCGCUUAUAACUCACUGUUAAACGUCUGUUAAAUGACCAGUACAUCACUGCUAAAUAAUUACAAUGACAAAAUUA